CAGGUACAAAUUUACCCUUUUAUCGCAAGAAAAAAUAAAAGGAAUGUCUAAAAGAAAAGUGAUAGGGUGGGUGUCCCAUCACCAAUUGGCCAUCAGUAUCGGAGGCUACGAAUUUGAUCCUUGCAUCGCCGAUCGCGAAGAGAGACUGUGGUUUCCGAUCAGAAUCAAGAUGAAAAGCAGAAGCGGCUAUGUCCCACCGCCUUACAUACCCUUGGGACAGUCGGAAGAAGAGCUUCCUCGUCCUGCUGGGGAGGGGGAUGGACCAAGGCCGUCGGUGCCGCAAUCUCAGUCUCUUCAGUGGUCUUCUGGAAUCUGUGCUUGUUGCGAUGACAUGCAGAGCUGUUGUAUAGGUGUUUUUUUUCCCUGCUUUUUGUUCGGAAAGAAUGCAGAAUUUUUGGGUUCUGGUACUCUAGUCGGAUCCUGCGUCACUCAUUUCAUUCUUUGGGCUUUUUUCAACACUCUCUGCUGCGUCUUAACUCAAGGCCUUUCAUUGGCGUUACCCGGAUGCUUUGUCUCUUGUUAUGCUUGUGGCUACCGGAGGGCGCUUCGAUCCAGAUACAAUUUGCAGGAAGCACCUUGUGGGGACUUUGUUACUCAUUUUUUCUGCCAUCUAUGCGCCAUCUGUCAGGAAUAUAGAGAGAUAUGUGAGAGGGCGAAGGAUUCUAAACCAGAUCUUAAGCUGGCUGUGGUCACUGCACCAGCUGUUCAGACAAUGGAAUCAUCGGCUCUCUGGCAAUAAAUAAAAUGCUAUUGCUGCCCGCGAUGUUUCUCUUCUGUCCAGUGCCUGUUUCAGGGUUGAACUUGUUUCAUAUCGUUUUUAAUCAGAACGGCCAGGAUAUCUAUUAACAUUUUGUUUUCAACUUCUAAAACUAUCAUGAUGGAAGGUUUUUAUCUGAUUGUAUGACGACUUGUUUGAUUUCUUGUUUUGACCUGCAUUCAGGCAUGUGGCAUUGUCGUUAUACGUAGUAGACUAAUGGACCAAAACGACUUAAUAUUAUUUGAGUUAUUAAGCUUAGCUGCUUAGGAACCAGACUAUUGGUGCAGGUUUUCAGUGUUUUGGGAUGUGUACCAGUUAAAUACAUUUCAUCACUCAUUUUAAUUGUAUCAUUUUAUAGUAAAUUAUUCUAAUAGGGAAUCAAACACAUCUCAUCACCAAUUUUAAUUUUAUUAUUUUAUGAUAAAUAUCUCAUUAUCCAUACAAAUGGAUGCAAAAUUAAU